AUGGCCACCGAUCUCGCUACAACCGUUCCCCAGGCCACAGAGGGCCGUGCCGGCCCGGAGUCUCAGUCCGUGGCCAAUACCCCGGCCCAGGCCGGUGGAGGCACCGCCAGCUACACUAUCAAAAACGCCCAGAAGGUCGACAGGCUGAACGCAACCCUCUCAGGCCACAUUGACAAAAUCUACAAGAAACUGGAGAAGGAAUACGAAGUGUCCAAUAAGAUUGGCCUGUACAACUUCUUGGUCAAUGGCCAAUCCCACUCUGCCGGCGCGCUUCCCAUCCAGGACGAAAAAUUGACCGCCGAUUCUCUCAAGAGCUACUUUCGAUCCCACCACGUGAAUGCUUUGGGUGCAGCAGAGCCCCUUGAUCUUAGCUGGCCAAUCUCCAACUACUUCAUAUCUUCGAGCCACAACACUUAUCUGACCGGCCACCAGCUCUACGGCGAGUCAAGCACGGACGCUUACAAAAACGUCUUGCUUCGGGGCUGCCGCUGCGUCGAGAUCGACGUGUGGGACGGCGACGCUCCGUCGGACUCGGAUGACUCCAGUAGCAGUAGUGAGUCCGAAGCCGAGAAAGAUGGCAAGCCGGGUAAGACGCGUCGCUUGAAGGACCGCUUCAAAGCCAAGCUCGGGAAGAAGGACUCCACGAAAAACGACCCCAAGAAAAAGGAGACUCCCCCUGCAGCAAACACCUCCAGUGCUCGCCAAAGCCAACCCGACAGGCCGAAGCCCUGGAGAGCCAACUCAAACCGUGCUGAGCCAAAGGUUUACCAUGGAUACACUGCUACUUCCGACAUUUCCUUUCGCUCUGUUUGUGAGACCAUCCGGGAUUACGCUUUCGUGACCUCGGAGCUUCCUGUCAUCAUCAGCUUCGAAGUUCACACCAGUCCCGAGCAACAGGAAAUCAUGGUUGAGAUCAUGAACGAGACAUGGAAGGAAUUUCUUGUCGAUCAUCCACCGGCAGAUCAAGCAAGUCCCGCUAGCUUAGAACUGCCUCCAUUGGAGAAGCUGUUGCGCAAGAUCUUGAUCAAGGUCAAGUACGCGCCCCCCACAAAGCCAGGUGAGACUACUCCGCCGCAGGAGUCAGAACCCACGACCCCCUCUGAGUCUGAGGAGGAUGCCACUACUUCUGCUGCAGCAACAGAGACACCCCAGCCCGCAAAGAGCAAAAUCUGUCAGAACCUUAGCCGGCUCGGCGUAUACGCCUGGGCUAUACGCUUCCAAAACUUGAAACAGCCGGAGGCUCAAUAUCCCGCCCACAUUUUUUCAUUGUCCGAGGGCCGUCUCAUGGAAGUCCACCAGCACUCGCCAGCUGAGCUUUUCGAACACAACAAGAAACAUAUGAUGCGUGCUUACCCCAAGGGCACUCGUGUUUCAUCCUCAAACCUUGACGCGCCCGUCUUCUGGAGGCAGGGUGUGCAAAUCGUUGCGUUGAACUGGCAGCGCUGGGACGAAGCAAUGAUGCUGAAUGAGGGUAUGUUCGCCGGUACGGCCGGAUGGGUCCUCAAGCCAGAGGGAUACCGCAGCACUUCUCAGGCGGCCAAGCACCUGCAUGCACUCACGUAUGGCAUGCUUGACUUGACAAUCGAGCUCUUCUGCGGCCAGGACGUGCCGCUACCUCCAGAUGAGAGCAAGGCAAAAAACUUCCACCCGUACGUGAAGUGCGAGCUGCACGUUGAGAAGCCAGAGGAGCGUCUUGGCGAACCCAUUCCUGGUGGUGGCAAGAGUAAAGAAGGCGAGUACAAGCAGCACUCGAAGACUGUGAAGACCCAGGAUCCGGACUUCUCUGGAGAGGUUCUGCGCUUUGAAGGUGUGCCCGGCGUCACGCCAGAACUGAGCUUUGUCAGAUUCAAGGUCAUGGACGAUGAAUUCGGUCGCGACGACCUGGCCGCUUGGGCCUGCUUCCGGCUCGACCGGCUACAGACAGGCUUCCGUCUUAUCCACCUAUUCGAUGCCGAGGGCGUGCAGAGCAAGGGCGUGCUGCUUGUGCGUGUGACCAAGAACUUUGUCGCCGAGACUCCCCCGCCUUCGAAAAAGGGGGAGAGUGUGGACGCGGUCGUGGAAGAGGUGAAGAAGUUGCAGACAUAG